CGACUUAAGCCAGGGGAACCAGCUGCCGUGGAACUAGCUGUGAACCAGUUCGAUACCGAUUGGUCGUGCUAUCACUGUUUUGUUUUGGUUUUUCCCUGAAACUUCUUUGUUUUCAUAGGACUGGAAGGAGCAGAAAUAGUGCUACAUGUCGCACCGCCACCAGGACAUCCCCAUCCGCCCGCGAUACGGGUAUGUGGACGAGGAGAGUGGCCAGGCGGAGGGAGCAGCUGGGCGAUCCGGAGCAGGGGCCACGCCCGCCUCCUCCUACACGGAAAUCCCAUUCCUGGCCCAGUACCCGGGCGCAGUGCCCGAGCACGUCCUGCAGGACCUCACGCCCACGGCGGCGGGUCAUCCUGCGGUGCCCGGGAAAGUCACUGCAAAGGGACCCAACGGCGAGAGCUACGUGAAUCUGGACUCUGGCGAGGACGAUCCCGAGGAGGAGGACGAUCCCCUGGCGGAGGAGGACAACAGCAACUCGAAUAGCAACUCCAAGGACAGCUCCGGGGACCUCCAGCGGCACAGAGCGCGGGCGGAGAGCAAUCUGCCCUACGAACUGGAGGGCGCCAGCGACUCGGACGGCAUGCGGCACUUUGUGGCCCACGACUUGGAGGCCAAGCUGCGCGAGGGCGCCCACACGGACUACUCCUCGGAGCACACCACGCCCUCCACCUCGAUGGCCGGAGCUCAGGCGUCGGGCAACGGCCUGCUCACCCGCAGAUUCCUGCAAUCCCGCAACAUCCCCGAGGUGGACGGCAGUGUGCUGAGCGACAUCGAGCUGGAGGCCCAGUACCUGGCCACCUCGGUGGACAAUCUGCUGGAGAACCUGGGCAACCUGCUGCACUCCAUCUCCUCCAUCACCGCCGACAACGUGGAGGUCCACCGGAACGCGGUCAACAAGCUGACGGACACCCUGGACGCGAACAUCAAGUGCCAGUACCAGCUGCUGGCCAAGGCGGAGGAGAUCACCAAGUCGAUGAAGCCCACGGAGCAGCUGGGCCAGCGCAUCAGGGAGAUCAAGCGGCUGGUGGACAUGCUGGACAGCACCAUGUAGAAGAGGGAUCUGCCAUCUUGGAAUCUUGUGUUUCUAGUCAUUCCGUAAAUACAUUUAAGCUGAAGAGGAUACUUCUGCAUCU